CUCCGCGGUACUGGUUCACUGGUCAUCUCUGGCCUUCUUGAUUUCUUCACAUUUGCCCUCUGCAUGCCCUACUCGGAGACUUCGGAUGGAGCGUCUUUUGAAACCCUACUAACAAUGGUCGCUUCGCGAGGUCGUGCCAUCUUCCGACUCUUUUCGGUACCCUUCUCUGCUUACUUCUCUUAG